AGGGACUGAAAGUAACUUGCAGAGAUUUCGCAACAGCAUAGGGAGGGGAAAAUAUGUAUAGGUUUCAAAGCUGGGGAGGGCAGCUAUCCUAGUCAAGGCCAGGGCAGGAUAAAAGCACCGCUCAGCUCUCCGGCUGCAAGACAUGGGAAUAUGCCUGAGUCCCAACAUGUGCUUGGCCUUGCCAACAUCAAGGCGUUGGGUUUAAGGUAGCCGCUGCCGAUCCGGAGAGGACUUGCUAUGAGUUCCCCAAUUCUGCUGCUUCUGAUGCUCGGCCUGCAUGGCGUCCUGGGCCAAAGUUCUCAAAGAGGUCUUCAACCCGCUCUCCUGGAUUUAGAGGGGGAUCUCCUCUUCCUGUUAGACAGCUCUGGCAGCGUCUCCUAUUACGAAUUCUCCAGGAUCAAAGAGUUCAUCGCUGAACUUCUCCUCCCAUUUACCUUUGGCCCUCAUGAUGUCCAGACUGGCAUUGUCCACAUCAGUACCAUGCCCAUCUUGGAGUUCCCUUUUGACCGGUAUUUCUCCACUGGCGCCAUCCAGCAUGCUAUUCGCAACAUCCAGCAGGUAAUGGGAGACACCAAUACGGGCAAAACCCUUUCCUUUGCCAAGGAGAAGCUCUUCACGGCAGAAGCAGGGGCCCGUCCCAACGUCCCCAAAGUGCUGGUGUGGGUGACCGAUGGCUUCUCCACGGACGACAUCUCCCAGCCAAUGCAGCUGCUGAAGGACAUGGGGGUCACCGUCUUCAUUGUCAGCACAGGGCGGGGGAACUACUUGGAGCUCUCAGCUGCUGCCAGCCAACCGCCGGAGAAGCAUCUCCACUUUGUUGACGUGGAUGACUUGGGCAUCAUUACCAAGGAGCUGCAGGAUGCCAUUGCAGCCGUCAUCCAAGCCAAGCGUCUGAGGGCCACGGACAUCUCCACCAGCAGCUUCCGCCUCACUUGGCCCCAGCUUCUGACUCAGGACACUGGCUACUACAUUUUGGAGUAUGCCCCAAGUGGAGAACCCAGGCGGAAAAUGACCAAACAACUCAGCGGUGACCAUAACAACUUUGUGGUGGCUCAGCUAGCCUCGCAAACCACCUAUGAGGUUGCUCUCAUUCCAGAGUCCAAUGAGCGAUACAUCCCACCACAAACCACCAGGGUCACCACUCUGGAAGAGGUGAUCAGCCCUGCCCAGAUUCUUAUCUCAGAGUCCAAACCCCACAGCAUCCGGGUCAGCUGGUCUCCCAUCCCAGAGAGUGUGGCCACCUACCAAGUCAUGUAUGGUCCCCUGACCAGCAACUUGGUCCAGCUGCAAGAGGUGGACGGGAGGCUUAACAGCACCAUCCUGGAAGACCUGGCAGCCAAUACCAGCUACUUGGUGACCGUGUCUGCCAUUUAUAAGUCUGGCAAGGAGAAAGCCCUCUCAGCCAAAGCUUGCACUCGGGAAGAAUACUCCAAAAUAAAGCACCUCCAUUUUGAAGAUCUGAGCCCCAGCUCUGUAAAGGCCUCCUGGGAUCCAGCUGAAGGAGAUGUGUUGGGCUACCGCGUUCGGUGCCGGCGGCAAGCUGGCCCUUCCACCCUCCUUAGCGUCUCGCCACAGAUCCACAGUGUUUUGCUGUCGGAUCUGACACCCGGCAGCACCAAUAAAGUGUGUGUGAAGCCUGUGUACAAAAACCUUCCUGGCAAAGGACUGUGUCGAAUGAUCCAUCGGCAGCCUGCUUCCACAGUGGGUGGCUACAGGCACUGGCAGAAAGCGUGAGCAUUUGUGAACCAGAAAGACACCUCUGCGGUUCGUAAGGCAAGGACUGGCCUGGGACAAAGGUAUCGAAGAACCAGGAUGAGGAGGGCCACAGUCCCAAGCCCUUGCAAGCUCCAACUACCCGCCCUGCUCUCUUUUGCAGCUGACUUGCCUACAAAUGCCCAAGAUCUGGCUGGGUUACAGAAAACAGCUUCAUUGGGAUAUUGGACCUUGCUAGAAAAAGGAGUCCUUGUUCACUGAGCUUUGUUCCUGUUCCUUGGUGUUCCAGCUAAAGACUGGGAAUCAAGUCCUGUGUUUCUUACUGUUCUUUCUAUUUAUUUGUGUUCCAUAUUGAAUACAGGGGGGCAAGAAAGCAAAAGGACCUCAGUUCCUUUCUCACCUACAAGGGAGACCAUCCACCUUCCAAUCUGCAUUCUGAAUUCUGAGAGAGUCCCCUUCUGCUUCAAAAGCUACCACAGUUCCAUUGGAAGGGGAAGGAAUUAGAAGCACAAGGCAGAUCCAAAAUGACUCCAUGGCUAUCGCCCAAAAUCUCAGCCGGUUGAACACUGUUGUUAUCUGAAUUAGCCAUAUAAUACACUCCUGUUGCAUGGAAUUCCAAAGGCUUUCCUGCAGACUGAGGGAAAGCUGAGUGCAAAACCACAAGCCAUUCAUAUUUCCUGUUUUCUUUCAAGGACAGAGAAAAUGUGCAUAACUAAAACUGUCAAGACAGUGAGGAUGCAAAACACUUUUUUCAAGCCGAGGGGUCACAUUAACCUUUGAGUGGUGUGCCAGGAGCCACACUCCAAGAAAUAGGUGGACCAGAACAAAGAGCUUGGCAAGGGCAGGGCAUAAUUAUAUGUAACAGAAUAAAAUUAAGAGAUGCACUUACUGAACUAGUAUGAAUAUGCCUAUUCCCAGUCUAUUUAUCGGUUGCAUCAAAUAUUACAUUUUGGGGGGGAACGCAACCAAACAUACGGGGAGGUAAAGUGGGGCAUCCCUGCCCUAGAUACUAAGGAGCAGCAGAGACAAUUACCUGGUAAACAGAGAUAAAGAUAAAGGACAAAGGAAGAUGGCCAGAGGUCCUUGAGGUCAGUUUGGGAACAAGAUAAUGUGUAUACUGCAAAUGCAGACAGUGAACAUUACAUGUGGCUGGAUCCAGCUGUGACCCCCUGAAUUGAACUGUGGCCCAUGCAGAAGACAUGCUUGUCUGGAAAUGUGAGAGGUGGCUGGGCUGCCUCAAACCUGAGAAUAUCCAGUGAAAUCACACGUUAGAUUCAGAAGACACAAAAUGAAGCACUUCUUCACAUAAAGCCUUGGGCACUUCAGGAAGUUGCUCCCAGGCUGUGUUGGCCCUUUAGGGAAAUAGCAGCUUGCAAGUUGCCAGAGGGACUUUGAGUUAAUCUGACCAGCUUAAGCAGCACUGCCAGCCAAUCAGAGCUUAGGACCUUUUAUUAAAGCAGCAAACAAGCACUUGUUUUAAAAAUACAGUAUUAUCAUGACCAUCCUGGGAGGUGUAGUCCAAAACAUUUGGGGAGCACCCGACUGGAGAUGGUGGACCUAAGAUAUGCAGGCAGAAGAUCAUUACCGUAAAUCACCGCACCUUAGACAACUAGCACCUCAAGAUGAAGUUGAGCUAGAAUCCCGCAAUGCUUGAUUUCUAUGGAUGUUUUGUUUAACUGUUUCAUCACAUAAGCCUCCAUCUGCAGGGAGAAUUGAAUUAGCUCAGACAACAGUGAAAUUCCUCAGUGAGAAGUAGGCAACGGAAAGGCAGGUU